AUGCCACCAAAAGGAAAAGGAAAGAAGGGAAAGAAGGGAGACGACGAUGAUUUCUGGGCGAACGCGGGCGAAUCUGUCGGUGGAGCAAGUGAACAGGCAUCUAAUCAAGCGCCAAAGGAGGAUUUAGAAGAAUCUUCCCAGCCAAAGCGCUCUGGAUUUGCCGGUCUCGCCGUCGAGGAUGACGAGGACGAUGAUCAGGAUAAUUUCAUGGCGAUGCUUCAGAAACGCAAAGACAAGCGCAAGGACAAAAAAUCCACCAAGGCCGACGACGGUGCGGAUGAGCAAGCUGCCUCGCCCGCCGUGGAGGCAAAAGCGCCGACCCAAAUGACUGCAGAAGAACUUGCGGACGAAGAAUUUGGGCCAGUGAAAGCCAAGGGGAAAAAAGCCAAGGGCAAAGCUCAAGAGUCAACUCAAGACGAUAAACCUACGGCUGGUGGAGGCACAGAGGCCGGAGACGCAAGUGGAGACGAAGGUGGCGAUGGUCCAAAGCUAUUGUCUAAAAAGGAGAAGGAGAAACUCAAAAAAGAAAAGGAGCGGGCCAAAAAGAAGGCACAGGCAGCCGCUAAGAAAGCCCAAGGUGGUGGCGGAGAUGAGGAGAGUGCCAAACCAGAAGUAGAAGUUGCGACACCGAGUGCACCAGCUGCGAAUGACGAAGACGAUGCAGACGAUGCAGGUGGUGGCGACGCUGCGGCCAAAAAGAAGAAAAAGAAGAAGAAAGCAAAGAAGGAUGACGAUGAUGAUGAGCCUGCACCCGCACCAGUAGCCUCGUCUGGUAAAAAGAAGCCUGCGGGUUUGUCUGCCCUCAAGGCAGCUCUCGAACAAAAACGGCUGCUAGAGGAGGAAGCUAAACGCAAGGCAGAGGAAGAGCAGAGGCGAAUAGAGGAAGAGGAGCGUCGUGCGGCCGAGGAGGCGAAGCGCAAGGAAGAAGAGAAGCAACGUCGCAAAGAGAAGGAAAAAGCCAAAAAGGAGUUGGCCAGAAAGGAAGGAAGACUUCUCACCGACAAGCAAAAGAAGGAGAAACAGGCUGCGGAAAUACGAAGACAGGCUCUACUUGCAUCCUCUGGAGCAGUCGUUGAAGGGCUUGCUAAGAAGGACGGUCCUUCCACUGCACCGAAGAAAGUUGUCUAUGGCAAACGACAAAAGGGGCCCUCGCAUGCUGCGACCGGAUCAAACGCCUCUGUUGCCGCCUCUUCAACACCAACCACUCCUCGACCACCCUCUCCGAUGGCUCUGGAGCCAGAAAAACCAGUCGAGGCACCAGUCGAGGCAGCGAGCAAGCCUGCUGAAAAGGAUUGGGACGCUAGCUCAGAUGAGGAACCCGCCAAACCGGAAGAAGGUCUGAAGGACGAUUGGGAUGCAUCCACCGAUGAAGAGAAGGCUCCAGAACCAGCGAAAGUCAACGGUGCGCCUAAAGCUCAAGCUUUGGCUCCUGCGGCGAAAGCUGGACCUUCGAAACCCGCGCCUUCGACUCCCGCAAAGGCUGCUGUUGCUUCUGCUGCCAAGUCGACACCGGCACCAGCCACAAAGCCAGGUGCUAAAUCUGCUCCAGCCAAGGCGCCUGUUAAACCAGGAUCGAAAGCGGCACCACCACCAGAGUCGAGCAGCGAAGAGGAGACUUCGUCCGAGGAAGAAACAGACUCUUCUGAGGACGAUUCGGAUGAAGAUGACUCUUCCGAAGACGAGGAAUUGACGACGACGAAACGAAUGGAGGCUGAGCGCAAGGCAGCUGCAGCUGCGCGAAGAAAGCAACGUGAGGAAGAAGCGAGAGCAGCUGCGAGCAAAGACAACCUACGAAGUCCGAUUUGCUGCAUUCUCGGACAUGUCGAUACCGGAAAGACGAAACUCCUUGACAAGAUUCGUCAGACAAAUGUACAGGAGGGCGAAGCGGGAGGUAUCACGCAGCAGAUUGGUGCUACCUAUUUCCCGGUCGAAGCUAUUCGAACAAAGACUGCCGUCGUCAACAAGGAUGGAUCGUUUGAGUUCAAGAUUCCUGGUCUCCUCAUCAUUGAUACUCCUGGUCACGAGUCGUUUACCAACUUGCGUUCAAGAGGCAGUUCUCUGUGUAACAUUGCCAUUCUGGUCGUGGAUAUCAUGCAUGGUCUCGAGCCUCAAACCAUUGAGUCUCUCAACUUGUUGAAAGCUGGCUCGACUCCGUUCAUCAUUGCCCUCAACAAGAUUGAUCGUAUGUAUGGGUGGAAGCCUAUUCCCGAUAAUGGCUGCCAGGACUCGCUCUCGAAGCAAACGUCGGCUGCCCAACGAGAAUUCCAAGAUCGUGCUCAGAAGAUUAUGGUCGAAAUCGCAGAGCAAGGUCUCAACUCUCAGCUGUACUGGAAAAACACAGAUCCCCGUCGCGUUGUCAACAUUGUACCCACCUCUGCGAUCACAGGAGAGGGUAUUCCAGAUAUGAUCAAGCUACUCGUUGACCUCACCCAAACGCGUAUGGUCAAUAGCUUGAUGUAUAUCAGUACCCUGGAGUGUACCGUGCUGGAAGUCAAGGUCAUCGAGGGUCUGGGCACGACGAUUGAUGUCAUCUUGUCGAACGGGUAUCUCAGAGAGGGUGACAAGAUUGUCAUAUGUGGUUUGAGUGGGCCUAUUGUGACACAAGUGCGAGCGCUCCUCACUCCUCAACCGUUGCGAGAAUUGAGAGUCAAAUCUGCCUAUGUUCACAACAAAGAGAUCAAGGCCGCAAACGGCGUCAAGGUUGUGGCGCCUGGGCUCGAAAAGGCAAUUGCAGGUUCCAAGCUGCUCGUCUGCGGACCAGACGAUGACGAGGAUGAGCUCAUCGAAGAAGUGAUGAAGCCGCUCGAGGACCUUCUCAAACGCAUUAGCAAGACUCAGGUCGGUGUGCAUGUGCAAGCGAGUACGCUCGGUUCACUCGAAGCCCUGCUCUCGUUCCUCGAGACGAGCCACAUCCCCGUAUCAAGUAUCCAGAUUGGGCCUGUCCACAAGAAGGAUGUCAAGCGCGCGAUGACCAUGUUGGAAAAGGCACAGGAGAUGGCGUGCAUGCUCUGCUUUGACGUGCCGGUCGAAAAGGAGGCGGAAAAGUUGGCAGAAGAGUCGGGAGUCAAGCUCUUCAAAGCCGACAUUAUUUAUCACUUGUUUGACAAGUUUACGGCCUAUCACAAUGAGAUUACAGAGGCUAAGCGACGAGAUGCGGCGCCACAGGCCGUCUGGCCGUGUCGACUCAAGAUUAUCGCCAUUUUCGCCAAGCGAGAUCCGAUUAUCGUGGGUGUGGAUAUUCUUGAAGGAACGUUGCGCGUCGGGACACCCCUGUGCGUCGUCAACGCCGAAAAGCAGAUUAUCAAGCUUGGGAAGAUCACGUCGCUCGAGAUCAACCACAAGCCAAUGGAGAUUGUCAAAAAGGCGCAAGCCGGUGGUGGCGUGGCGGUCAAGAUUGAGCAUGCCGUCUACGAGACGCCCAAGAUGGCUGGAAGACAUUUCACCGAAGCCGACGAGCUCAUCAGCCUCAUCACUCGACAGAGUAUUGAUGUACUCAAGGACACGUUCCGUAACGACAUGACCAAGGAGGACAUUGUCCUUAUCAAGAAUCUAAAGGCGGGUUUGGAUGCUGAUCAGAGUAUUGCAGAGGCUCCAAAUCCCAUAGCAUUUUCCCGCAUCUGUACUUGA